AUGAACUCAAUAUUAGAAGAUAACAAACUACAACUACUAUCGCUCUCAAAAAAGGUUGUAGCCGACCGUACAAUAGUCCCCAAGCUGCUCCAUCAGUGCUGCACCUUCGAUUCUGUUGACUGCGCCACGUCACUGCUCAACGGCGAGUUCGGAUCGGUGCCGGUGAUAAAUGAACCGGACUCAGCCGGUCUCUGGCCUCUGCACACGGCCGCAACUGCUAACGGGGCACGUUGUGUGGAGAUGCUUCUUAAAAAACGCGCUCGUACGGAUUUGAAGAGCAGAGAUGGACGCACACUGUUAGCUCUGGAGCUGUCCUUGUGUAACACCAGAAACGAAUUGAUUUGGAAUCUGGAUGAUAAUUCGACCAUUGAAGACUUGGUCGUUCAGAUUAGUGAAAUGGAUUUAACUACUCUAAAACUUCUGUCUGAGAAUACGAAGGAAAUCGGUGACGUGGCAUUCAAAAUCGCGGAAGCAGGGCGUGUGGUGGAGUUAGCUGCUCUUCUAGUAGUAGCAGCAGCUAAAAUAAAUGAACUGAUUUUAUCGGUGUAUGAUGCUGAUUUGGGUUAUAAAAAGAAGACCACAAUUUAUGAGGCUGUGAUUAGAGGGGCUCUGGCACUUGGCCGCCCCCCGCCCUCGUUGAGGGCAGCAAAAAGGGUAACCGUUCUUAGCGAGAGGGAGCGUGCUGAGAAAAGAAAACUCUUGCUCUGUGAGAUUGACUUGCUUCAGCUCUUUGGUGCCGUUGAUCUCAUACGUUGUACGGAAAGGAAGUCGCCGUCACCAUUAGUCCGAGCUGCCCAGGCUGGAGAUGAAGCCAUUAUAGAGUUGCUUCUGAAGACGAACAUAGACUUAAAUGAUGUCGAUGCUGAUGGACACUCUGCUCUUCAUUGGUGUCUCAAGGCAUAUAAGCAAUCUUGUCCUCAGCAGAUUAAGAUUAUGUGGCUUCUACUGAAGCAUGGUGCUCGGGUGAACCAGAAAAAUAAGUUGGGGUUGACCGCGGUUCAUAUUGCUGCUUCCAGUGGUAAUUCACAGGCACUUCAGGCCCUUCUAUUGGAAGACCCAGAUUGUAUCAAGUCUAUAACAGAAAUGAAAGACACCCCAUUAUUUUUGGCUGUGAAGAAUGACUAUAAGGACUGUGCUGAGCUUCUAUUGCACUGGGGAGCAAGCACUGGAGUCUUUAAUUUGCGUAAACAGAGACCUGUCGACUUGGCGAAGUCACAAGACAUGCGUUUCAUGCUAAACAAUACCGACGUCAACCUCACAGUAAAUCGUUCCAUUCAGCAGAGAUAUACUGCAUGGUUACAAGAAGAUAAUGUAAGUCAAGGAACCUGCAAAGAAUUCUUAACCUUGACAGAUGAAGGGACUCCUACUAAUAGUAGGACUUGCUCGAGUACAAACACAGAGAUCUGCAAAUACUUCCAUCCUCCUCGUGGAUGUAACGGAGGCACCAUGUGCUUCUAUGUACAUGCUGAGGAAGAGCUACAGCAGGUGAAGCAAGGAAGAUACGCGAUUCAUUCACCAGUUGCAGAGCAACUAGAACGGAAAAUUUUUGUUGGGGGGCUCCCUCCUUCUGUAGAUUCUGACUCAUUAGGAAAACUUUUUGAAGAGCAAUUUGGUUCAGUGGACGACGCUGUAAUACUUGGAGUUCAAACAGCAGAUAAGAUACAGUCUCGAGGAUUUGGCUUUGUCAUCUUCAAAGAUAAGAAAUCUGUGUCUGAAGCUGUUGAGGCACACCAUGUUAUUAUUAUGGGUAAGCAGGUUGCGGUCAAAAGUGCUGUUCCAAAACUCCUUCCACUAGCUGAGUCCCAGAAAUUAACCCAACAAUGUGAAAGAAAUCAAAUUGACGAGAAACUUCCACAAACACAGACGCUCAGAGAGAAAACUGUGAAGGAGAUACAGAGUGAAAAGGCCAAAACUGACGUGCUUAAUUGGCAGACAUCAAGUGAGAAGACUGAAAAAGUGAUCCUCAUCAGUUGUAAGACCACAGAAGAGAUUAAAUCUGAGUUCAGGAAUUGGGCUGAUACAUUAAUCCAUGGUCAACCGAGUGCGUGUUCUAAUAAAUCUCAAGCACAUGAGAAAAGUAUGCCUAAGUGGUUCAGAACAUUCAGAAAGUGGCUCCCUAGCUUCUUGCAACAAGUAACAAGGAGGGGAGGACAAUAUGCUCUAUCAUCUGUGAAAGCUGAUUUCAAGGCCGUUUUUGGUCUAGAAUUAGACCAUGCCUCUCUCGGCUUCUCAAAGCUUAGUGACUUCAUGAAAUCUAUCCCUGAACUUUGUCGCAUUAAGUAUUACCCAACAGUCAAUCAUAUGAUACUUCUGCCUAGUCUCCCCAUGCCUUGUCAGCAGCCACUUCAAGAUGUUACGAUGGACAAUCCAUCUUCUUACGCUACAUCUAUUGGUGAUAGUGGAGAUGGCAAUUUUAAUGGUUCCAAGUGCUAUCAGGAACCUUUUCUGUUGUCCAUUGAGAAUGAUGACUUAAAUGAUAGCAGCACUAGGGAGUCCUGUCAGAUCAUUGAUGAUAAUUCUGAAGGUAAUUCACCCUGUGUGAACUCGAGGUUUCUUCAGUUCUUGAAACGAGACCCAAUCCUUCAUGCUCGACCAUGGGUAAAUAGUGACUCCGAUGGAGGCAAAGAGACCGCUGUUGGUGAAAGAGGAUCGGGAAAGGGGUUUCAAGAGAUCAAGCCCCGGCCUCAAGGAAGGCAUUUGGUUUUACAGGCCCUGGCCAGAAAAAAGAAUUGCUCAUCUGUCUACUUUCUUGGAGAAUUUGAUUUCCAUGAGAAAUACAAGGCAAGCAUCGUGCAAGGAAGGUGCUACGGGUGCACCGAGCGUCGGAUGCUGUGGGCCAACUUCCCAUGCUUGCACCUGUUGUGGUGUACUGAUUGUAAACCACAAGCUAUGAUGGCAGCUCGCAACGUUGAACACACAUGUGUGGUGAGUGAUAUCAAAUUGCAGAAAAUAGAUUUGAUAUCCUGGCAUAAAUACUGUCAGCCCAUUCAUGACACAGCUUACCAACAAAAUGCGAAACCGCAUAGGAUUUACGUUGUGGAAGUAGUUGUAAUUAGUGCGGUGAUGUAUGGAUUUGUUAAGCAUUCUUCUUGUGGGGCACUAUGUUUGCUUGAUUCUAAGAUUGUCAAGUUUGGCAGAAGGUUAAUGACCUCAAGGGAUCGUCGAAUUCUAUUAGAAUAA